AUGCUGCAAAUGCAUAUCAUACGAAUCUGCUGCCGUGAAGAGGUGGAGGCAGAAGAUGGAUUACCAUUCGGCUACAUGGCCAAGGGAGCUCAGCUGAGCAAGGAAUAUGUAAUAGCAAUGAAGAGGCAAAAGUCUGGAAUCGGGUGGGCAGAGGAAGCUUCACUUGGUUCUCGGUCUGCACUGCACGCUUUUGGACACCUGUCACAUCGCGAGGCUGACAUAGACGUGAUGAUAUGGGGAGUUUCACCAAGAGAUAUGCACGGUCAAGUUACGGCCUAUCGUUCAUCAGUUUCUGCGCGAAAGCAGACGAGCUGUUUGAAUGCAUGUCUACGCAUACAUUGGCUGAAGCACUAG